AUGUUAAAAAUCGCAGAACACGAUAGAGAGAAAAUAAUCGCAAAUACACCUCAAGAUUACGCUAAUCUCUACACAAAAUGUUGGUCUUCUGAUCCAGAUCAGCGCCCAACACUAACUCAAAUUUUAGCAGUAUUCGAAAAAUUAUUAGCAGAAACUUCUACCAUGAUUAAUCAAAUCACCAUUAUUAAUCAAAUUAUUGAAGCCGAUGAUAUUGAAAAUAAUGAAAAUAAUGAAGAAGAAUAUCAUGUCAAUGAAGCCCAGCAAAGUCUUCUAGAUACAAAUUUAAAAGAGGUUAAAGAAAUCCUACAUGGAUACACUUUUUGUGGUAAUGAAAGUGAAGAAGAAGAAACUUUAACAUUAAAUCAGGGUAUUUUUAGAACCCAACCUGUCAGCCAACCUAACUUUAUCGGACCUACUAACCUCACCAACCUUUCUAAUCGUGCCAUGAAUUCUAAUCGUACCGAGAAUUCUAACCAGGACGGUUUUACAUCUUUAUUUAUCGGAUCUUCAUUUCAACACUAA